AUGAGCGCACUUGUUAGAACAAAAUCUGUUGAUAGUGAUUAUGAUCAUUUGUUAAAAUUCAUCGUUUUGGGUGAUCUUAAUGUCGGGAAAACAACGUAUUUGUAUCAUUUUGUACACAAUACCUAUUCAAAUUUCAAAUCAACUGUUGGUAUCGAUUUUUAUGAAAAACGUGUAACAUUUAAAUCAAACAUUAAUAUUGGCGCCAAAUAUCGUUUGAAAUUACUGUUAUGGGACUCAGCUGGACAGGAACGUUAUCGAAGUUUAACAACAUCCUUAUUUCGUGAUAUAAUGGGUUUUAUCUUAAUGUUUGACGUAACAAAUGAGUCGACCUUUUUAUCUGUACGCAACUGGAUUACAUUUAUUCAAACUCAUUGUUAUAAUUCUGAGCCACAAAUCAUUUUGAUUGGAAAUAAAAUUGAUGCGGAUAAUAGACGAUUUGUUGAUACCGUACGGGCAAAAGAUUUAGCCGAUGAAUUACAUGUUGUUUAUAUUGAAACAAGUUCUGUUACCGGUCAUAAUGUUAAAGAAUCCAUGGAAUUGUUAAUUGAACAAACAAUGAAUCAAAUGGAAUUAGCCACUCAAAAAUAUUAUAAAUCAUCAUCAACAAUUGAUAUCCGAGAAAUGCCAACAAAAUCAAAAACACUGAUGAAAAAAUUAUAUGAAAACAAAAAUCAAUGUAAUUGUUAA